AUGUUUUCAAAAAUUUUCAAGAAACGUUUCGUCAGAAUUACAGUCUGUCUUAUUUUGCUGCAGUUUAUUGGAUACCUCAAAUUUCGCGACAACAGGACCUCUGGCAGCACGUUGUCUUUGUUGUCGGAAAAUAUAAAAACUUGGCAGCUUUCACAACCUGCUGCCGCCGCUGCCGAUACCAACCAAGUCACAAGUUGGCAGUCAUUUAAACUCCUAAUACAGGAGGUACCCGAUUUGUUAAACGCUCAGUUAAAGUUCAACAACAUGGUGAGGCCAGUUUCUGUGAAAUUACCCUGUGUGCCUCAUUCAGCAUCGAAAAACUUAUGUGUCCACCCAAACUGCACACAGCUGAGCAACAACUUGACUGAGCGAAUCCAAAGUUUGAUCUCUCAGAAGACGAUCUUAGCCAAGGAGCAAGAUGACCUGCUUAGAUCCGUCUCGCUGCAAAUUCCUGAAAACGACGUCAUUCUUUUAUCUGCUGCCUCAAGCAACCAUUACGAUGAGAUGCAGGCCAUGUUACACUCCCUCCAUAGCAUGGUCUUUCCAGAACUGUCGAAGACUGAAAACUUCUCUCUGGUUCUGUGGGAUAUCGGGCUAACUUCAGAUCAACGCCAGAAGGUAGAAAAAUGCUGUCGCUGUCAAGUAAUCUCUUUUCCUUUUGAGAAGUUCCCAAAGCGCAUCAGCGAUUUACACACGUAUAUGUGGAAACCGUUACUUAUCCGCAUAACCCUGCUCCGUGCCAGAAAGUUUGUGGUCUACCACGAUGCCUGCAUCAGGUACAACCAGUUUCCCGGGCCAUUGUUUGACAAGGGGAUGACGCAUGGACUGUAUCUGUUAAAAGGAAGGGGUAAAGCGUCAACGGUACACAGAACACUACCAGAGACUUUCACUUACCUCGGGCAGAAGGUGUGCAGCUUCUAUCCCUACCAAGAACUGAUUGCAAGUUAUGGCGUUUACAAGAAUGAUCCGUUUGUACUGAAAGCUGUGACAAAUCUGUGGGCCAGGUGUGCCUUUGAAGAGAAGUGCAUGUCUCCGAGGCCGACAAUACCUUCCCUCUCCUGUCAUUAUGGACCUUGCCAUAGGUUCGACCAGUCUGCGUUGACAAUUAUAACUACCACUUUGUACGGUCACGAGAUCUACAGAAUUACUCAGUACAAGGUCGAUGUGAUACAGUAUGUCACUCUGCAGAGAGAUCAUAAAGAAGCUAAUUAUUUCAACAGCACUGGUUGUCUUAAAUCAUAA